UGAUGUGUGCAACUUGUGUAAAGAAAUCACAAAAUAAGGAUGACCAGCUGAUGCAAUGUUUUAGUUGAUCAUUUCAUCAGCCAGAAGAACAAAGUACGAUUUUUUUCCGAUAUAAAAGAAAUGUCAAACUGAAUCUGCACUCAUGUACUGCGCGGACCCUGACCCACUAACUUCGUUUAUUGUUCGAGUGAGGGCGCCCUUUACGCUUGUUGAUUAAUUCCAGCAUGGCCGACGUCGUGGGUGAAGGAGUGUCCAAGCUUUCCAUGGAGGGAGACCAGAAAAAGGAAGCUAAGCAGACCGCCAAGCAUGCCAAGGGUGACAAGAAAGGCAAAACACCUGCACCCGGGGCCUUUCCUGUUGAGUUGGAUCCAUGGCCGGCUUACAUACAGGAGAGGGUCGACCUGUUCGACAAGCUGAAGGCGGAAGCAGAUGCAGAACUCGCUGCCAAAGAGCGCACCCCCAUCAAGGUCACCCUACCAGAUGGGAAGGAGGUUGAAGGCAAGGCAUGGGAGACCACACCCUACAUGAUAGCUGCUGGCAUCAGCCAGGGACUGGCCGACAAUUCCGUGGUGUCUAAAGUGAACGGCGUCGUGUGGGACUUAGACCGCCCUCUAGAGGAAGACAGCCGAGUGGAGCUGCUGAAGUUCACCGACGACGAGGGCCAACAGGUGUUCUGGCAUUCCAGCGCCCACAUGCUGGGCGAGGCAAUGGAGAGACAUUACGGGGGGUGUCUGUGCUACGGACCGCCCAUCGAGGGUGGCUUCUACUAUGAUAGCUACAUCGAGGGAAGGCAAGUGUCCAGCAACGACUUCAAAUCCUUGAUGGAGGUCGUCAAGAAGAUCCAGAAAGAGAAGCAGCCGUUUGUCCGGCUUGAGAUGAAGAAGGAAGACCUGCUCAAGAUGUUUGAUUACAAUAAGUUCAAGAAGCGCAUUCUGAAUGAGAAGGUCACCACGGCAACCACCACUGUAUACAGGUGUGGUCCUCUGAUCGACCUUUGUCGGGGUCCUCAUGUCCGACACACUGGCAAGGUCAAAGCCAUGGACAUUGUCAAGAAUUCAGCAACCUACUGGGGCGGGAACGCAGAGGCCGAGUCCCUCCAGCGGAUCUACGGCAUUUCAUUCCCAGACACCAAGCAGCUCAAGGAGUGGCAGCAUUUCCAGGCUGAAGCUGCCAAGAGAGACCAUCGUAAACUAGGAAAGGAGCAAGAGUUGUUCUUCUUUCAUGAGCUGAGUCCUGGCAGUUGCUUCUUCCAACCCAAAGGAGCCCACAUCUACAAUGCUCUCAUUGCCUUCAUCAGGAGUGAAUACAGGAAACGUGGUUUUCAGGAGGUCGUAAGUCCGAACAUCUACAACAGUCGGCUGUGGAAAACCUCUGGCCACUGGCAGCACUAUGAUGACAACAUCUUUAAAUUUGAGGUGGAGAAGGAGACAUAUGCGCUGAAGCCAAUGAAUUGUCCCGGUCACUGUCUUAUAUUUGAUCAGCGCCCACGAUCGUGGCGUGAGCUGCCACUCCGCAUGGCAGACUUUGGCGUGUUGCAUCGCAACGAGCUAUCUGGCGCCCUCACUGGACUGACACGGGUCAGACGCUUUCAGCAGGACGACGCGCAUAUAUUCUGCGCCCAGGAAAUGAUCCAGCAGGAGAUAAUGGGUUGUCUGGAGUUCCUGAAGGCUGUCUACGACACCUUUGGCUUCACCUACAAGCUGGUUCUCUCUACCCGCCCCAAAAAAUACCUUGGAGACAUUGAAGUCUGGGACAGUGCUGAGAAGCAACUGGCAGCCACGCUAAACGAGUUCACUAAAGACUGGAAGCUGAACCCGGAGGAUGGUGCCUUCUAUGGGCCUAAGAUUGAUAUCAGCAUUCAAGAUGCCUUGAAGCGGUCUCAUCAAUGUGCAACCAUCCAGCUAGACUUCCAGCUCCCCAUCCGCUUCAACCUCAAAUACUCAAGUGCUGAGGGUAUUGAGAAGAGACCCGUCAUGAUCCAUCGUGCCAUCCUGGGCUCCGUGGAGAGAAUGAUUGCCGUUCUGACGGAAAGCUACGGCGGAAAAUGGCCGUUCUGGUUGUCCCCCCGACAAGCCAUGGUGAUCCCCGUCGGACCCGUCUUCAACGACUACGCUACCGAGGUCAAGAACCAGAUCUUCCAGGCUGGAUUCUGCUGUGAGGUGGACCUUGACGCCGGCGACACCAUGAACAAGAAGAUCCGCAACGCUCAGCUGGCACAGUUCAACUUCAUCUUUGUGGUUGGUGAGAAAGAACAGACCAACAAGACGGUCAAUGUCCGCACCCGAGACAACAAGGUGCACGGUGAACACGGCCUGGAUGCAGUCAUAGCACGCUUCCAGGAACUCCAGAACACUCGAGCUAUCAACAGUGAAGACACCUUUUAAUUAAACAUGAAACAUCUGUAGAGAUGUUACAACAAGCACUCAAGCUUUCAACUUUGUAUAGCAUGUAUAAUCCUUCAUUAAACAGCCAUGGAUGACUUCAGUCAUUCAUGAAACAGCAGUAGACAUGUUUAAACAGUGAUAUUUACAGCUUUCAUGAUAAGUAUGCUUACAUUUUAAUACUCUUAAUACUCUGGAAUUCUUUUAUUGCAACAUGUUAUGGGCUCCGUGCACAAGUACCCCUUCAACAGCCAGAAAAGGAGAGUUGGGGGAGACCUAGACUGGUUCCCAGUCCAUCCACUACGCAUUUCAAAUGUAUCCAAAGUUAUUGGGGCGGGGAUUAGUCUGGGAGACCAUCAUAGGUUAAAUUUGAAUGCCUUCAAUUCGCGCGCUGACGACGCCUGAUGCUCAUGUAUAGACGCUGUGGCUAAUAGCUUUGGCACAUACAUGAAGUCAUGCGCACUUCUCGCAUGAACGAGUUUGCACAUGCUGUGUGUCCGUCCGGCCAUGGAGCUCUCAAAAAUGGUAACAAGGCGGCCUCUUUUGUUGGCGAAAGGAGCCUAUUGACGUAAGAGCAUAUCAAUGUUGGAGGUGUCAUAUGAAAAUUGGACUCGUAUGAAAACCGGACUCUUUUUCCCUUUGAUUGGUUGAACCCUCUCAAGUGACCGGUCCCCCUCCUAACUAUCUAUGCAUGAGCAUGCGCAAUGUCACCAAUGAGUCCGUAUUUCAUAAAACCUAAAUUCAUGCUACAGAGGUCGUAAAUUGUGUACUGUGAAGGAAUUUCAAGAGUUUCUGAACAUUCUGAAGGAUUGAAAGCUCAUGUACAAAUAAAAUAGGAAUGCUUCUCACUGGAAUGUAGAAGUGACAUUUAAAAGUUGUUGAUUCUCCUUAACAAAUAUGGCAUGUGGAUACCAGAAA